UCUCGCGCCGGUGGGAGCCGGGGUCCCGGGCGGUCAGCGCCCCGGUCCAGCGCGGGCGCGCUCCGCCGGGUCCUCUCCGUGGCCCAGGUGUUCAUCGUGGCCCUGGGAAGAAGCUCAGCCGGAGGCUUCCGAAAGUUCCAGAUUCCAUGGGGUUUGACCUGUGCUGGGCAGCCCCCAGCGCUGGCAGUUCCCCUGCUGUACGGAGAUGACUGCGGAAUUGAGAGAGGCCAUGGCCCUCACCCCUUGGGGCCUCGUGAAGGUGAAGGAGGAGCAGGAGGAGGAGGGGACCUACGGGAGUCUGGCAUGCAGUGAGCAGGGGCGCUCUGAGCACGGCCCAGUCUGCGCCCCGGAGGGGCCUCUCCCGGGCCCUGCUGUGUCGGAAGAGGAGGACAAGGGUCAGAACAUGUUCUGGGACAUGGCGGUAGUCCUGAAAGCAACGCGAGAUCCACCUGCUGCUUCCCCCCUCGGUGGUUGCUCCUUGCCUGGGACUCUGUGCAAGAGUGAGGUGCUGGAGACGCAGGGCAACACGAACUCCCUGGGUGCUGAAACGAAGCACCUGCAGUUACUGGUUCCAAAAACUGAGAUCUGUGAGGAAGCUGUGGAUCCCCUCAUCGGAACAGGAAGACUCCAGAGAGCCGACUCGCCAGGACCUGAGUUAGGAGAAGCCUGUGAACAGGGCGCCGUGUUAAAGAGGCAGAGAAUAAAGAGGGAAAAGCAGGAUUUCGGACAGGUGACAGUGAAGGACUGUCACAUACUGGAAAGCUUCAAGGAAGAGGAAGACCAGAAGCUUAAGAAACCCGGGGGGAAGUACAGCCUCAGCUCUGGCCCUGCCAGAAAUCAGAAGAUGCAGCCCGGGCAGAAGCCUUUCACGUGCAGUGUGUGCGGGAAGGGCUUCAGUCAGAGCGCGAACCUGGUCGUGCACCAGCGGAUCCACACCGGGGAGAAGCCCUUUGAGUGUCACGAGUGCGGGAAGGCCUUCAUCCAGAGCGCAAACCUCGUUGUGCACCAGCGGAUCCACACCGGACAGAAGCCUUACGUUUGCUCCAAGUGCGGGAAAGCCUUCACUCAGAGCUCCAAUCUGACCGUGCAUCAGAGAAUCCACUCUUUAGAAAAAAACUUCAAGUGCACUGAGUGUGAGAAAGCCUUCAGUUACAGCUCGCAGCUGGCCCGGCACCAGAAGGUGCACAUAACGGAAAAGUGUUACGAGUGCAACGAGUGUGGGAAAACGUUUACGCGGAGCUCCAACCUCAUCGUGCACCAGCGCAUCCACACCGGGGAGAAGCCCUUUGCCUGUAACGACUGCGGCAAAGCUUUCACGCAGAGUGCAAACCUCAUUGUCCAUCAGCGGAGCCACACUGGUGAGAAGCCAUAUGAGUGUAAGGAGUGCGGGAAAGCCUUCAGCUGUUUCUCCCACCUCAUUGUGCACCAGAGAAUCCACACGGCCGAGAAACCGUAUGACUGCAGCGAAUGUGGGAAGGCCUUCAGCCAGCUCUCUUGCCUUAUCGUCCAUCAGAGGAUUCACAGCGGGGAUCUUCCGUACGUGUGUAACGAAUGCGGCAAGGCCUUCACGUGUAGCUCAUACCUGCUCAUUCAUCAGAGGAUCCAUAAUGGGGAGAAGCCGUACGCGUGUAGCGAGUGUGGCAAGGCCUUCCGGCAGAGGUCGAGCCUCACCGUGCACCAGAGAAUCCACACUGGGGAAAAGCCCUAUGAAUGUGAGAAGUGUGGCGCCGCCUUCAUUUCCAACUCACACCUCAUGCGACAUCACAGAACCCACCUGGUCCAGUAACGAGCAGGGGAUGAAGCAGACCUGUCGCCCUUGGUGAUGACCUCCUGGCUCCCAAAGAGACACCUGCUUGCUGUUCUUCCUGGGUCCUGAUGAGCACCAUUUUCAGGAGUGCAGCACCAGAGAUGAGCAUUUCAGAGGCUGCUUUAAAUAAGACGGUGAGAAGCACCUGCUGGCAGGGACUGUGAGCGCCACCCUGAGCAGCCAUAUUUUCUGAAACUGAGUGUGGCUUUCUUAGGAAUGGGCCGUGCAGAGCCAGCUGAUAAAGAUCCUAUUUGAAGAAAGGUCUGUUUGCAUAAUUUUGUUUUGAAACUCUGGUGAUUGCUUGAGCAACAGCAGAUUGCCUGGCGAAUCUGGAGCCUUGAACCUUGUGUUCUAUCCAGUGUUUCAGGUGAAGCAGUUUCUAGUUAAGGAAACCACUUGGGGUAGCAAUUCGACAACUCACCUAUAAACACUGAUAAGCUGUCCAUUCCCUAGGUAAGUUUUAAGAUAACCAAUCAAAACCUAUUAAGCAUCCAUUUUUGAAAUGGACAGAUGUAGGACACAGUCUUUUCCCUUAUUGUGUGUACCUACUAAACCCUGGGAUCGUAAAGCCAUGGCGAGUCUGUUCUGACUGUGUCUCAGUCCACCUGGCCAGCACUCGAGGACUCAUGGGGAUACACACUAGCUACAGUCAUUCACUGAGUGACAGCUGCACACAACUCAAGUCCCCAGUUCCCACCACCUGGGUACAGGAGUCAGAAUAAAGCUUGCCUAGAGACAUGCCCAGGUGGUCUCUGCUCAUUCUGCCCAAGCCCAGCCAGGGGUCUUAGUGUGGGCUUCAGUCUCAACUUCCGGAUGAUGUUUAGAAGAAACCAUGGUGCUCUUCCAAUUCUGAGAAGACCGAGGGAGAGGGAGGAGGCAGAGUAUGAUUCCUAAGACCUUAGCUUUGGGGGAAGCUUGUGGGUUUUGGAAUAUGAUAACUGACAAGGAUGAAGAGACUGGCUAAGGUAAGAGGACUUUGUUGCUAUUGUGCAUGGACUCCUGGAAACUAUGCAAUGGGUAGUGUUAACGUGAUAACACUGCCUUGUAUUUAUACAGAACGUUUACCCUUUAUUGUGGACCUUCACGAACAGAACCAUGAAACCUGGUGGUUACCUCGUGCUUUCACAUAGAUCAUUACCUUAACUCGUAUACCACAGACAGAUUUUGCCCAGUUACUUGAGAGUGGUCGUUUAACACAAGGCCAGGUAACAAGUGACAGAACCCAUACCCAAAUCCAGCACCUAAAUCCAGGUUCCCUUUGUUCUGCCAUGCUGCUUGCCUAACUACCCAUAAUCCCUGCUCAGGCCUGCAGGGGAGGCUGAGGGGUAUGUAUUCUCAUUUUCAGUUGGGGAAGUGCAUUUGGGGUAUACUGUUGUCACUGUGACCAGAAAGCCAAAACCUUAACAUUGGAAUUGAGGACUCUGUGUCUGUUUCUACCCCCAUUGCAGCGCCUCUGAGCAUGCAAGAGCGUGUGUCCUAAAUAAGCCGUCUGGUGGCACUCGGCAGUCCCACACACUUGCUGUGUCAGUUCUGCAAGGCUGAGUGAUACUAACCACGUAGUGUUUCUAGUUUAUACACACACAGGCAAUUCCAUACACCUUCUCACCUCUUGUUCUUGGGCAGAUCUUGUCAGAACGUAGCCAGUUUUCUCAGUUUCAGCCUAAAUCGUGGAGACACAAAUGAAAGGAUUCCAAAGUAGGAAUGCCCUCUCCGGCCACUGCCCUCUGGCGGGAGGUCAGGAGACCCCAGGGUGAAACCACCUGUCUCUGCUGAUAUUAGCAACAAGGUAGCUGUUUUUCCUCCUGGAAGCUUAGGACAUCAGGAGAGCAAGUCCAAAGGUUUGGAUAACUCCAUGGCCUGACCCACCCACCAAGAGACCAGAAGAGUACUUUCCUCAGAGCUGGGAUUGAUGACCAUUAAAAACAGUUGAGCUGUUUUAACUUCA